AAACCCUUGCUUUAUUUGCUGCCCUGUUUCAGUCUGAUGAUAAUGAUCACUUUGUAACCCUGCAGAGUCACAUAUGGAAACCAGGACAGAUGCAUCACCUCCUCUGCUAUUAUAUUUCAGCUUCCUCCUGUGGAAUUAAGGUAAUGUCCCACCGAUUUUCUUGUCUCAAUACUCAAAGAACUUUUGUUUUUAAAUCAGUAUGUUGCUGAAAUAGAUCAAAUGCAUCUGUAUUGUUUUUAUUGACGGUGCUUGCAGUGAAAGAGAGAAAUGCAUUCUGCCAAUUGUUCCACUAGAAUUACCCAUGUGCAUCCAUUUGCUGCAUAAGGAAAUUCCUUACCUCACCUUUGUCAUCUUGGUCAAGCCUAAGUUGCUUACUUAUAUUAGUUGUUGUGGAGAAUGCUAGAUAACUUCACUUACCUGUGAAAGCAAGAUCCACUGUAUAACACUGACCUACUUAGCAUCCGUCAUAGCAGCAGUUUAAUCACAAAAGAUAGAGCUCUUGUUUAAAUUAUUUUGUAUUCCAGAAAGCUGAUUUAGAACAUCAUUCCUUGUCUGUGUUACUCUUUGGCUAAUAUGCUUUGUUGUCAGAAAUGACUCCAAGCUGCUGGGAGGAAAGCUCUAUUGACCUUCAGGGAAAUUCAAAUCCAGGUCUGGACUUUGUAACUAAUUGCACUUUUAAAUUCCAAAUAAAGAAAAGUGAAAAAAGGCAAAACUUAAAAGCAUGUGAUGGGAAUACAAAUGAGCACAUCUAUCUGAAUGUGAAAUACAGCCCCUCUUCCAAGAAACAGAAAAUGAGAAGACAAAGUACAGAGGAGAACCAGAACACCAAGAGCAAAGAUUCUCCUAUGUCAUGUACUACCUGUUGGAUUAUUGCAGUGAUUCUAGGGAUCCUCCUCUUGGCAUUGCUGGGAACAACAGUGGGCUUUAUUAUCAAGGGCUGUCGGAAUCCACCCUGCCCUGAGCAGUGGGUGGCCUACAGAGGGAGCUGCUACUCCUUCUCCAAGGAGAAGAAGGACUGGCAUUCCAGCCAGCAAUCCUGCUCGGAGCAGGGAGCUCAUCUCCUGGUGAUCAGCGAUACCAGAGAAAUGGACCUGUUCAAGAGUAUUCAGACGGAAUGUUUCUGGAUUGGACUGAGGAACAGCACAGGCUCUGUCUGGAUUUGGGAAGAUGGCUCUAUAUUCAAUGGCACCAAGAUCACCUCUAACAGCCCUGUGCAACACUGUGCUGUCCUGAUAAAAGGUCACUUUCAGGCCUCCAGCUGUGAAUAUGCUGCUCCGUGGAUCUGUGAGAAAUCUCUCAGAUAAAUCCCACGCGCAUUUUCGUCUCAUAACCAUCUCAUCAGUGGUACAAGUGGAUCAUUGUCCUGCAAACCAAAGCUCUGCACAAGACCAAGGACUUGCCCUUUCCACACCCUCACAGAGGUGCUUUGUAGAGACAGGCUUGUUGCCCACAAGGGUGAGUUAUCCUCAGUGGUAGACCCAUUCCCAACAGAAGUUUUGUCACAACCGACGCUGGGUCUUCAGAUCCCUGAGGUUGAGCUGGCCAUUUUCCUCCGUUCCUGAGCAUCAGCUGUCAUUUCCAUUCCCUGCAUCUCCAUUGUCUGGUGCCAGCAGGACCAGGAAAGUGAAGCCUGCUGUUCACUGUCAGAAACAUAUAAACAGACUUCUCCCGGUGGCAGCCUCUCCUUUUGCAUCCCAGUGCUGCCAGUUAGGGAGAAGAGGGUGAAACUAUAGACUGCACCUUCUGUAAAUCUUGCAGCGAAAAUAAACCUCCAGUACUGCACCGGACUAAAAGUGUGUACCCAUGUCAUUACUUCGCUCUGUUGGAAGGACCCAGCUGCGCACCAUGUUUUAUAGGCCAACUUCAACCAAACUAGUCAAGAGGCAGGAUUUCUGGAGUCAAAGGAAUACAGGUAAUUGUGUGUCAUUAUUGAAGCAAUCAAGAAUGUGUUUCCCUCUCCACCUCUGCAGUUGUUGCUCUCCUUUCCCUGACUAUGGGAUUAUGCUGUGUUGGCAAAUAGAGAAGAUAUUGAUGGGUCCUACGGAGGAUUUACUGUUGAAAUUGGGGUUGUAUCAGUGCUGGUGGCUUUGUAGUCCUGUUGAGACAUGAGCUGUCAGUGCUGCUGGUGGUAGUGCUGGAGCUUCUAGACUGGAAUGUUGACAUAUAAUCACCAAAGACAGAAAUGAAAACCAAACCCACCCUCACAUGUUCAAGUCCGUUCCCUUGGGAUCAGUGUGGUGCUGUAGCUAUUGCGCUCUGUGCAGUGCUGUAUGUGGUCAUGGUUUUAAACUCCCUAUUUCUGGCCCUUGAGGUACUUCAGAUACUGGACUCAAGAUUUUUGUAGACCUAUCUAGCCCAUAUGCCCAUUAGCAGUGGGAAUUGUUUCUAUGCAGCACUUCUGUGAUUUGUCAACCAGUUGUCCUCUGAAAUGUGCUAUCAGGAGACUUUCAGGAUGCUAUUCUAAGGCUGUUUGUACUGAAUAAUAAACACAGAAAUCAACACUGUGCUUUUAUAAAGUUCUUUCAUUGAAUUCUUGAAUUUGAAAGCCCGAUGGGGCACUUAAGAGUUUUGAUAUUGUGUCAGCCCAUCCAAUGUAUCUGAUUUACACUUCAAAAAGCAUUUCCUUUUGGAGAAAUCAAUGGUCAUUUUUGCUGUUCAGGACAGCAUCUGGAUGCUCAGCAUCACACAAGGAGUGGAGAUGGCGAAUACAUGCACAGAGAAGCAAA